AUGGUGAUGCCCAAGGAGGCAUUGAUCCAAGAGGUGAUCACCUUUGACCACAGCGCCAGUCACAACAUCCACCGCGCCAAGCUCGCGCCAUUGGAGCCUAUGAUCAACCUCACAUUAAUGACAAAUGGUGUUUCUGAAGAUGCCUUCAAGUUGAAGCUGUUCCCUUUCUCUUUGGGAGACAAGGCACACCAAUGGGAGAAGACUCUUCCUAGUGACACUGUCGCCACUUGGGAAGAGUGUAAGAGAGCUUUCCUAGACAAGUUCUUCUCUACUUCAAGGACAGCUAAGAUCAGGAACGAAAUCUCUGGGUUUCAACAGAAAGGUCUAGAGAGUUGUAGUAAAGCAUGGGAGAGGUUCAAGAGCUAUUGGUCUCAAUGCCCUCAUCAUGGUUUCAGCAAGGAGAGUUUUCUUAGCACCUUCUACAGAGGAGCUCUACCACAGUGCAUAAACAGGCUUGACACUGCAAGCAAUGGUUUCUUCUUGGGGAGAACCGAGGAAGAGGCAGAGGAACUGGUAGAGAACAUCGCUAAGAGUGAAUCGGUCUACAGUGAGGAGCAUGAUAGGGUCAACAUAAGUGAUGAUCAACAGACAAAGAAAGAGAUCAAGUCCUUGCUAGAGAAGAUGGACUUGCUUCUUUCCAACCAAGCUAGGCAAGAGCAGAUGAACUUUGUGGGUGGUCCUAUUCAAGAGGUUCCUCCCAAGAUCAAUGAGUACAACAACUACCAGCAAAGGUCCUACUCUAACAACCAGCAAGGAGGAUACCAACAGAAGCAAAACACUCAGCAAGAGAGCUAUCAACCUAGACAAAACACCCCUUCUGGUUUCAACAAUAACAACAAUCAGUCUACUCAGGCUCAAGGAAGUUCUUCCCAAGCUCCAGCUUCAGAUACAAGUGUGGAUGCAUUGUUCAAAAAACCUUUGGAUUUUCAGGCAAAGAAUGAGAAGACAAUCGGUCGCCAACAAGGGGCAUUACCUGGAAAGCCAGAGAAAAAUCCCAAGGAAACUAUGAAAGCAAUCACCCUACAGAGUGGUAAACAAUUAUCUCCAAGAAUUCUCACCAAGGAUGGUGAAAAGCAAGGUGGGGAGGUGGCUAUUAACAUUGAUGAUGAAGUGGUGAUUGUAGAUGAGAAGGUUGAUGAAGAAAUUCUAGAAAAGAUUGUUGAAGCUAAGGGUAAAGGAAAGGUUGGAGAAGAGAAGAGGACAGUGAAACAUGGUGAAACUGCUACUCCAAUAAAGGAAUCCUCUUUUGUCCCUCCUCCCUAUGAGCCAAAGCUACCAUUCCCUGGGAGAUUCAAAAGACAACUAUUGGAGAACAAAUUCUUGAAAGAUGAUGUAGCUGCAAAGAAGAAAGAGAUGGAGGGCAUGAUGAUCCUUACCCACGAGUGCAGUGCCAUUAUCCAGAGGUUAGAUGUUCCAAGGAAGCUAGUGGAUCCAGGAUGUUUCACCUUACCUUGUGCUCUAGGACCCAUGGUAUUUGAACGGUGUAUGUGCGAUCUUGGGGCUAGUGUCAGCUUGAUGCCUUUGUCUAUUGCAAAGAAGCUUGAAUUUACUCAAUACAAGAAGUGGAACAUUCUCCACUUUGACAUCAAUGAAGUGAUGAAGAAGCCAACCAUCCAGAACCAAGUUUUCUACAUUGAUGAAAUGGAUGCUCUAGCUGAUGAGCUUCUAGAGGAGUUGGCACUUGAAGACUCUCUACAACAUGCUUUAACAAUUGAGAGAGAAGUCCAAGUGAUUGAGAACAAGGAAAGUGAUGCCUAUGUGAAAAUGUUGGAUUCUCACAAGGGGAUUAGUGGUGAAGGUCAGAAUGAGGAGCUUACAUAUGAGGCUCACCAUGCUUCCUCGGCCACUCAACAAGUGAACCUCCAAGAGGAUGAUUGGAGUGAACUCAAGGCACCAAAAGUGGAGCUUAAACCUCUUCCCCAAGAAAGGGGGAUUGAGGUAGACAAGGCCAAGAUCGAAGUGAUGAUUGGAUUAUCUCCACCAAAGACGGUUAAAGACAUUAGAAGCUUCCUUGGUCAUGCUGGAUUCUAUAGAAGAUUCAUCCAAGACUUCUCAAUGAUAGCAAGGCCAAUGACUAAGCUUUUAUGCAAGGAAGCUGCAUUCAACUUUGAUUGA